CCCAGUAGAGGGCUUAGUUGAAGGAUCCAUAGAUAAGAAAGGGUGCCUGAAUUUGGAGCUACAGAAAUAGACAUAGUAUAAGUGAUGAUAGUGGUUGUAUAAUGACCUUUAGACAAGGACAUUUUGUUAAUUAAUCUCCUGUUAAUACUCCCAGAGCUUAGAUUUUGCAUGUAACAGGUAUUUGCCUCCUUCAUGGAGUCUUACUGUAUCACUAAAUGUUGAAAAUUAAAGAAGCUUUGGCCCAUCAGAGCCUUUUCUUUGCUGAUGAGCAGAGCUGACUCCUGGCCCAGUUCUCAGUAACAAUUUGUAGGCAAAGAAAUACUUGAGUUAUUUCCUUUUUCAGCAACCCAUUUCAUUUUCUUAGUGCCUACUGUAAGGAAGUUCUUUAUAUAUCAAGUAUUCUUACGUUAAAAAAAAAAAAAAAGAAACUAGGCCCAAAUUCAUCUAGCCAGGACCUGAUUUAAUUCUAUGUAGAAGCAGGAAGGUGGGGAUUGGAUGACUUCUGGCUAUUCUCUGAGGCCUACUUCAUAAAUUUUAAUUCUGGGGUUGCUGCUAAGUACUAAAGCUAACUCCCUCAGUUGUGAAGUAUCAGGACUACCUUCCUUUGCCAUCCUCUUCCUUUCAGCACGUUUCAGGCCUAGGGAAAUGUAGCUGGAGAAGUUUAACCCCUUCUUGCUCAGAGUAUGUGUGGUGCCUCAAUCUGUGCAGAUGGCCAGGCCCCGCCCCCUGUCCCUCUCUCCAGCCUCUUGAGCUCAGAGCCAGUGUAAUCCUCCUCUUGUGUGAGGAAGCCUCUCCCCUGCAGAGAGAAGGAAAACCUGCUUCGGAACAGCCCUGGACAAAGGGGCUGAGAUGCCCCGUCAAACCUCAGGCUCCAAGGUUUGAAACAGGAUGAAACCUAGGCGGUAUUGCAGUUUUUAAUUCCUUCCCCAGCUCUUCAGCACUUGUUGCCUUAGUUAGCGGCUUUUCCUCCUCUUCCCUGCAUUUCUCAGAACCAAAGAAUGUGAAGGGAGUCCAUGGAGGGCUCACGUCCUCGCGUCGCUGGUGGCCACUUAGCGCCAUCCCCACCUGCAUUUGACGGCGAGCUGGAUCUGCAACGCUACUCCAACGGACCAGGCGUGAGCGCAGGGUCGCCUGGGAUGGGAGCUGUAGGAUGGUCUGAGAGUCGUGGAGGCGAACGGCGCUUCCCCUGCCCCGUGUGCGGGAAGCGCUUCCGCUUCAAUUCCAUCCUGGCUCUGCAUCUGCGAGCCCACCCAGGCGCCCAGGCCUUCCAGUGCCCACACUGCGGCCACCGCGCCGCACAGCGGGCUCUGCUGCGCUCACAUCUCCGAACACACCAACCUGAGCGCCCGCGCAGCCCUGCUGCACGCCUGUUGCUAGAGCUGGAGGAGCGAGCUCUACUGCGUGAAGCUCAGCUGGGGAGAACCCGAAGCUCAGGGGGCAUGCAGGCCACCUCUGCUGCCGAGGGCCCCACGCAGCCCCAGGUUCCUUCAGUUCCCUCAUCUGCCUUCCGUUGCCCCUUCUGCAAAGGCAAGUUUCGAACCUCGGCAGAGCGAGAACGCCACCUGCACAUCCUACACAGACCCUGGAAGUGCAGCCUCUGCAGUUUCGGUUCCAGCCAGGAGGAGGAGCUGCUGCAUCAUAGUCUGACGGCCCACGGGGCUCCCGAGCGCCCCUUGGCGGCCACUUCUGCUGCACCACAGCCCCAGCUUCCUCCCCAGCCAAAACCCAGAUCUGCCUCUGAGCCUGGCCCAGAACCUGAACCCGUGGCAACCCCUGCCCCUACUCCUCCGGAGGAGACUCCUGCUCCUCCAGAGUUCCGCUGCCAAGUGUGCGGCCAGAGCUUUACACAGUCCUGGUUCCUCAAGGGCCACAUGCGCAAGCAUAAGGCCUCCUUUGAUCAUGCCUGUCCUGUAUGUGGCCGCUGCUUCAAGGAGCCGUGGUUCCUUAAAAACCACAUGAAGGUGCACACUAGCAAGCUGGGUCCUUUGCGUGCCCCGGGACCCGGCUCUGUCCCUGCCAGGGCCCCUCAGCCUCCUGACCUGAGCCUGCUGGCCUAUGAGCCCCUGGGCCCCGCUCUUCUCCUGGCCCCAGCACCCACGCCAGCUGAGCGCCGUGAGCCCCCGAGCCUCUUAGGCUACCUGAGCAUACGAGCUGGGGAAGCACGUCCCAAUGGCGAGGGUGCUGAUCCUGGGGCUGGCCGCAGCUUUGGAGGAUUCCGCCCUCUGCCUUCUCUCCCAGCCCGGGGCCGGCGGCAUUGUGCAGAGGAACCAGAGGAGGAAGAGGAGGUGGUGGAGACAGAGGAGGAGAGCUGGGCUCGGGGCAGGUCACUGGGACCUCUGGCUUCCCAGCAUCCUCGCCCAGGCGAGGGGCCAGGGCAUUCUACACCUGCCGUGGGGGCCCAGGCAAGAUCUACAACCACACAAGAGGAAAAUGGGAUGCUGGUUGGAGGGACCCGACCUGAAGGGGGCCGUGGGGCCACUGGCAAGGACUGCCCCUUCUGUGGAAAAUCUUUCCGCUCAGCACAUCACCUCAAAGUGCACCUGCGCGUACACACAGGUGAGCGCCCGUACAAGUGUCCACACUGUGACUAUGCGGGCACCCAGUCCGGCUCGCUUAAGUAUCAUCUGCAGCGUCACCACCGGGAACAGAGGACCGGUGCAGGCCCCGGGCCUCCCCCAGAGCCGCCACCCCCUUCCCAGAGAGGUUCAAACCCAUCAUCAGGAGCUAAGCCAGCUCAGCAGUCUGGCACAUGGGUAGAGGGCACUGCAAGCUCCCGGCCACCUCCUAGUGGUGCUGGGCCAGGGUCUCGUCGGAAGCCUGCAAGUCCAGGGAGGACCCUGCGCAAUGGGCGGGGGGGAGAGGCUGAACCCCUGGACCUGUCCCUGAGGGCAGGGCCGGGAGGUGAAGCUGGGUCAGGGGGUGCCCUCCAUCGCUGCCUCUUUUGCCCCUUUGCCACUGGAGCACCUGAGCUCAUGGCCUUGCACCUGCAAGUGCACCACAGCCGCCGGGCUCGAGGCCGCCGGCAGCCACGAGCUGAUGCAUCACCGCCCUACGCCCGAGCACCAUCAGGCGAGACCCCUCCUAGUCCUCUGCUGGAAGAGGACGGCAGCCCUGGGUUGUCUAGAUCCUCUGGAGAGGCAGGUCUGGGGGGGCAAGAACGAUAGGGAGCCCUUUUAGGGUUGAUUAGCAUAGUGAGCUUAACCUGCAGGAGCGGGGAGUGCUAGAGGUAGUUGGGUAGAGCAGCCAGCAGGGGGCAGCGUGGGACCCAUAUCCCAGCCCCAGGAGGACCAGAGGUGGAAGGGGCAGCGGGCAAUAGAGGGUGGGCAGGAGAUAACCACCCAGCCCAGGGGAGUCUCAGUGCCUUAGAAGUGGCAGAGGUGAGGGUCAAAGAACGGAGUCCUAGGGCUGGCAGAGGGUGUGUUCCUGCUAAGGAGCUGCUCUGCCAGUUUUUGCUGGUCCAUAGGUGUGAGAGUUUAUUUUUGUACAAGGGGUGGGGGUGGGGGGCACUGUACCCUUCUAGCCCCGACAGGGGCCCUGUAGACGUUGCUAUUUUUGGUACGAUUCCUGUCAUUCCUGUUGCAGAGUUGUGUCCCCAAUAAACAGGUGUCUUGAGGCACAGG